AUGCUGCGGCUGGGUCCGUACUUGCGCUUUGCAAGCCGGUCUUGGCGGAGUUCCUCUGCUUGCGUCCCGGUCACAGCAAAGAGGAGGGAGCUGAAAGAACUUCCGGCGCUCGGUGGUUCUCUAAGUGCACUAAGUGCUCUUGCGGGAAGUCUCGCUGGGGCUUUCUGCUACUCCUCCGUCCAUUGUGAAGACGACCAGAGGCCCCCAACCGUGCGCAGAGUCAAAGUUGCUCGUGUGCCCGAUUUUCCAGAGGGUGAGCUUCGGCAGGUUCGAAUUCCUCCCACAAGUGAUGGGGCUGGCGAGGGUGCCAUCCUCUUGACGCGGGUAGACGGCCAGUUCUACGCGACGGGAGCCUCGUGCAGUCACUACAGUGCACCCUUGGCCGAAGGAGUCGCGGCAAGAGACAGGAUGCACGUGGUUUGCCCCUGGCACAAUGCGGCCUUCGACAUCCGUACCGGCCAACCUGUCCGCGGGGCGGGCCUGCAAGCCAUUCCCACAUACAAAGUCACGGUGGAGUCCGAGGAUGUGAUCGUGGACCUUCCUCGGGACAUGGAGGACUUCGUUGCGCCAAACAUGGUGCAGCGAGACAGCCAGGACUCACGUGUGUUCGUGGUGCUGGGUGGUGGAGCUGCAGGAGUAGCAGCAGCGGAUGCCCUGAGACAAGAAGGCUACACAGGUCGCAUUGUCUUGAUUUCCGAAGAGAAGCACCUGCCGUAUGACCGACCUGUUCUGUCCAAGAACUUGGGCAAAGCCUCUGAUCCCGGUUCGCUGAGCCUAAGGGAUCAAGAAUAUUUCGAUAAGCAUGAGAUUGAGAUCAGGCGGUCGGCCAAGGUGGAGAAACUGGAUGCCGCCAGCAAGACGGUUCACCUUACGAGUAAGCAGACGAUCCGCUACGAUGCUGCAGUCGUGGCAACAGGUGCCAGGCCUCGAGAACUACCAAUCAAAGGGGCGGAGUUGCCGGAAGUCCUAGCACUCCGGACGCCGGAAGAUGCUCAGCGCAUUGCUGCCGCCUGCUCUUCAGGGAGGAAGGUGGUUGUCAUCGGGUCAUCCUUCAUCGGCAUGGAACUGGCCGCGACUCUGCGGCGUCGUGGCUGCGAAGUCACCGUGCUUGGGAUGGAGCAGGUGCCCUUUGAGCGCGUGCUGGGGACUCGCCUGGGCAUUGUCUUGAAGGACUUCUUCGAAUCGAAAGGGGUCAAGUUCAUGGGCGGUAAGGUGGCCGCGGAAAUCAGGCAAAGUGGCUCCUCUCUGCAAGCAGUGCUGAAGACGGGUGAAGUGCUCCACUGCGACUCCAUUGUGGUCGGGGUGGGGGUGGUCCCCAACGCAGAUUUCGUUGAGGGUGCGCAGCGGACACGGGACGGCUCACUCUUGACAGAUGAGUGCCUGAAGACCAGUGCCGACAGCCUCUUUGCUGCAGGCGACGUUUGCACCUACAAGUGCCCCGGUGGCUCCAGGCGGGUGGAGCACUGGGAUGUGGCGACGAGUCAGGGGCGGAUUGCAGCAAAGAAUAUGCUUGGAAAAGGCGAGCACUUUGAUCAGACUCCGUUCUUUUGGACAUCUCUCUUCGGCAAGAACCUGAGAUACGUUGGCCAUUGCACAGAGUUUGACGAGCUGGUGGUUGAUGGCGAUCUCAAGAAACUGAACUUUGUCGCAUACUAUUGCCUGAAGAAUGAAGUGAAGGCUGUCGCAACCAUGUCCAGAGAUCCCGUGGCAGUGGUGGUCGGGGAGCUCAUGCGCAUGCGAAGGAUGCCCUCCGUGGGCGACUUGAAGUCUGGAAAGGUUUCUACAGCCGGCCUGGCCUUGGAGCUCAAGCGCGGCUGA